AUGAGAAAUCCACUAAUCUAUGGGUUACUAAGGUUGACCUAUAUAUGGUCAAUUGGCUUAUUUCUUAGCUGUAGCCUGAUUUUUCAAGGGGUCCUCGGGAAUCAACAUGACACUCCUGACAUUCCAUUGGAGAUUGAUCUGAAGGCUCCCUGGGAGACUCAUCCUUUUGUACUUGAUGUACUUGAGGCAAUUGCAGCUGAGAAUCCUCAAGCAUACUUCACCACAGUAUCUGCCUUUGCUACAGUGCUUGAGGAGAGAUCAAGCGAGAAUCUCGGUCAGUUAACCGACAAGGAGACACAUGACUUUCUUUUAGAACAUGCGCUCAAAACAAAUUCAUUAACCGAAGAACAGAUAGCAUAUGUUGAAUUAUCACUGGCAUCUCACAGAUAUUCCGCAUUGAUUGAAGCACAAUACCAGUACUUCAAGAUUUGGUCUGGGGCCGAAGUUCAAAGAGCCGCCUCAGCUGAAAACUGCGAAAACGUGUUUGUUUACAACAACGAAGUCAGCUGUGAUACUGAUACUGUGUUUGCAUUGAAAACUGUUACAAAGGCUGAUAACUCUAAUAUUGAAUUGCUUCCCACUGAUAGGCUCAUUGGUGCAAGAAAAGAUGCUCCAAUUGCUGUCUUGUACGCGGACUUAGAGUCAGAAUCUUUUGGCAUUUUCCACACUCAUUUAAUUUCUGCUGCAUUACAAGGAAAAAUUCAGUAUAUUUUACGGUACAAGCCUCUAGUCCGACCUCACAAAAGCGAGCGUGAGACCCUCACUGGUUAUGGUGUUGAAUUGAAUCUUAAGAGAACAGACUAUCUCGUAAUCGAUGAUAGAUCCACGAAGAAAGAUGAUAAGAACGAACAGACUGGCGAACCCUCACAGUAUGAGCAGCUGAGAGAGGCAACAAGCAAAGCCGCAUUAGAUAAAAACGAUAUUCCCAUGCUAGGCUACAAGGCGGCAAACUACGUUUUAUCUAGUGACAACCCCACCGAAGCAUUGAUAAAUGUUACUUUAGAUUUCCCCAAAUACGCGAAAAUUGUAUCCCAACUUGAGUCUGAAAAGGGCGUAGCUAAAGAUGUUCUUUUCAAUACUGAAAAUAGAAUCCUGGGUUCUGGUCAAAAUGCGAUCCUAAUCAAUGGAGCUCCUGCGUUCACUAACAACGAGAGCCCGUUUGAUUUGCUAGAUGCUUUAGACCGUGAAAGAACCCAUAUUAAGAAGCUGAUGGAAUUUGGAUUUGAACCCUCGAUAGCAGCAGACCUGAUAAUGAAAAACUUAGUCGGUGAUGCACUAGAUGAAUCUCCCCUACAGCGCUAUGAUUACAGAACUGAAUCUUUAAUUUGGCUGAAUGAUAUCGAAAAAGAUCCUCGCUUUAGUUCAUGGUCUACAGAUAUCAAUGAGCUAUUAGAACCUCUGGAAUCGCCAGGACAACUCCACCCAAUUCGCCAUAAUAUCAACAGCUUGGUGUUUGCAUUGGAUAUCACUGAUCCUGCUUUCCUAAAUACUUUUAUCCAGUCCACUAGUCUUGUAAGUCGUGGUAUACCGAUACAAUUAGGUAUUAUCCCUUUAGUUGUUGACGAUACUACCGAAGAAAUUGCGAAGCACUUAUAUUAUCUGUAUAAAUAUGCAGUUUCUGCCAACCCAAAGGCUCUUCAAACAUACUUGAGUCAUUUAUUGUCUCAAGUUGAGGCGGUCCAAGCAUUUAGAAGCGCGCUUCAAGUGGAUACAGUUACAUUUGAGACCAUUUUGAGUGAUCUGUCAGGGAGUGGAGUUCAGUCUGCCAUAGAUCAGACCAAGCAAUGGAUGUCGGAUUUCGACGUAGAGAAAUCAAGUUCGAUGCUAACAUUUGCUAACGGUGUCCUUAUGAACAACGUUAAAAAUAUCUUAAUGGAGGCUUCCUUUGUAUUUAGCCGAGAUCUUCAAGAAAUUAGAAAGCUGAUAGCCUCAGGAUCGUAUACUUAUAAUGCAAAGAGUGGCGACGAGAUCCUUCGAGAUCGAUUGAUUUCUGGUGGUUUAAAAAGAAGAAAUGCAAUCAUCAACCCUCCAGAGGGUUCGCCUGCUGCAUACGUGGAUAUCACAGAGUUUGAAAAAGCUUUUGAAGAAGCAGGGUUGUCUGUGCCCAGUAUCAAUAGUGUACGCAAUCAAGCCUCAGAUUCAUACACGACCGUUUGGUUGUUGGGAGAUUUAGAUAAUGAUAAUACUUUGCAGCAGUUACUUGAGCUUUUCAAAUUCAUGGAUUCACAGGAGACUCAAGGCUUCAAUUUGAGAGUGAAAGUAGUCCCAACGAGCGAGAAUCCUGGGGAGAGUGGCAAAGGCUCGAACCUGGUUUCUCUAUUGAACAACAUGAAUGAAAUGUCGGAAACGGAACGAGUGGAUGCUAUCCGCCAAUUUUUACACCCCUAUGAUAGUGAAAACUUGCAGAAAGUGUUUAACAUGGCUUCACACUAUGGAAGUAAAUUAGAGGGGAGAAAGAUUAUUGAAAAAUUUACUACCGCACUAAAAAGUUAUCCCACAUUUUCAAAUGGCUUGCACGUUAUCUUUGCUGGUAGACAUCUUGACAUCCCUAGCGAGACAUAUUUGACGGACAUUGAUUUGGAGAUGUUAUUUGCCAUGGAGCAGAAGAGGAUUGGUUCUAUUGUGAGUCAAUCAAAGGAAUACAUAAAAUCUGAAGGGUAA